ACAGAGUGCAGGGUUCAGGGGUGUGCUGUGUACAGAGUACAGGGUUCAGGGGUGUGCUAUGUACAGAGUGCAGGGGUUCAGGGGUGUGCUAUGUACAGAGUGCAGGGUUCAGGGGUGUGCUAUGUACAGAGUGCAGGGUUCAGGGGUGUGCUAUGUACAGAGUGCAGGGUUCAGGGGUGUGCUAUGUACAGAGUGCAGGGUUCAGGGGUGUGUUAUGUACAGAGAGUGCAGGGUUCAGGGGUGUGCUAUGUACAGAGUGCAGGGUUCAGGGGUGUGCUAUGUACAGAGUGCAGGGUUCAGGGGUUUGUAGGGGUGUGUGUAUGUACAGAGUGCAGGGUUCAGGGGUGGUGUGUUAUGUACAGAGUGCAG